GGCCACCCACUCUUUCCCACAGCAGGUUUUUCCCACGCCCCCCGGGGUAACCCCAACAUCCUUUUGCGGCAGCAAUUCCGCGGCGCGGGCAGGAGGGAGUUCGCUCGGGGAGGGGGCCCCGGUGGAAGGGCCGCGAGGCCAGGAGCGGCUCCGAGGCGCUGGGGUCGGUCGGGCCAUUGUACAACGGUAAAACAAUAGAAACUACGGCCACUUAUGCGGCAGUAAUGACUCCACGGUGUCGCAGGGAACUUAGUUACCCGGCGAGCACCGCAAAGGACGGUCGCGCGCCAAGCUACGGCGCUCUUCUCACCGCCGACGAUCGCCCGAGCCGCGUGCUCGAACUCGUCGAGUCGGUUCGGAUUUUUCAGGUUAUCCUCCACGCCCGUUUCGCGCAGGCGACGCUGACGAGCGACGAGAGAAUUUCUGCCUGGCGACCCGCGGCGCACCCGACUUUGGCCCGUUUGAAUUGCGCGCGCGCCUGCGCCGCGCUUCGAGGUUGGCUAAACUGUUCUGAAAAUUCGGAAAGUGAACAGGUGUUUUUUGAAUGGAUUAACUGCAGGGAUAGCAGCCACGGCGGACGGCCGUGCAAAACGUGAUCCUCGAUCUCGAGAGCGGAUCCGAUCGGUUUGCUGCACCCUGUAAAAUUCUCUGCACCCGCAGGAAGAUGGUUCGGAGAGUGGAGCGUCUUAUUUUGGACACUUGUGUCGGCUGAGGUCCCUCCGAGGACCAGCUGAUCGUUCCAACGAUUGUCAGGACUUGAGAGAAAUACGCCGCUGAUUGGGAUACUUUCAAAAAUGCUACCAACCAGCUUCCAACAUAUUUUCACAAUCUUUUGGGACUUUUUGUAAAAGCAUUAAGAGAAGAAUGAAAACAUAGUUUGGUCGAGCGGACACUUUUAUUUGGCUGGGAAUAACAAAUUCGAAAUUAAAUAUGCCACAUCAGUUCGGAUUGCCCAGUAUGGCACAUGGCAUGCAAUCUCCCCCUUCUCCGACAGCUGUUAUGUCAGCAUAUCCACGAUUCGGCUCUGGAGUAUAUAGACCCGAUCAUCAGGAUCAACGACUAACUCGUGAAGCAAUGGAGCGUUAUUUACGUGAUCGGAGUGAUAUGGUUAUUGUUAUUUUGCACGCUAAAGUCGCUCAAAAGUCAUAUGGUAACGAGAAACGAUUUUUCUGCCCUCCACCCUGUAUCUAUUUAUUCGGAGAUGGCUGGAGAAUGCGACAAGAGCAAAUGCUACGUGAAGGGGAAACAGAGCAGUCGGCUCAGCUCUGUGCCUUUAUAGGUAUAGGUAAUUCAGAUCAGGAUAUGCAACAACUUGAUCUCAAUAAUGGAAAGCAGUACUGUGCUGCGAAAACCCUAUACAUAUCGGACUCGGAUAAACGAAAACAUUUUAUGCUAUCGGUGAAAAUGUUUUAUGGUAGUGGUCACGACAUUGGUGUAUUUCACAGUAAACGUAUUAAAGUGAUAUCGAAGCCUUCCAAAAAGAAGCAAUCACUGAAGAACGCAGAUUUGUGCAUUGCCAGUGGAACAAAAGUAGCUUUAUUUAAUAGGUUGAGGUCUCAAACUGUUAGCACUCGUUAUCUCCACGUGGAAAACGGUAAUUUUCAUGCGAGUUCAACGCAGUGGGGAGCGUUCACUAUUCAUUUACUGGAUGAUAACGAAAGUGAAUCCGAAGAGUUUCAAGUUCGCGAUGGAUAUGUACACUACGGUAGUACCGUGAAGCUGGUUUGUUCCGUAACCGGAAUGGCACUUCCGCGUCUUGUUAUUCGUAAGGUUGACAAGCAAAUGGCUAGCUUGGAGGCGGACGAUCCAGUCUCGCAAUUGCACAAAUGUGCAUUUUACAUGAAAGACACCGAUCACAUGUAUCUUUGUUUAUCCCAAGAACGUAUCAUUCAGUUUCAAGCAACACCGUGCCCUAAGGAAACGAAUAAAGAGAUGAUAAAUGACGGUGCUUGCUGGACGAUAAUCAGCACCGACAAAGCAGAGUACCAAUUUUUUGAAGGUAUGGGACCCGUUCGUUCUCCAGUGACUCCUGUACCCCUUGUGCACAGUUUGCACCUCAAUGGGGGUGGAGACGUAGCGAUGCUUGAAUUGACCGGUGACAAUUUUACCCCGAAUCUUCAAGUAUGGUUCGGUGACGUCGAAGCUGAAACUAUGUACAGAUGUCAAGAAAGUAUGCUUUGCGUUGUACCUGAUAUAUCGUUGUUUAGAGGAGAAUGGUUAUGGGUACGUCAGCCAACACAAGUGCCAGUUUCAUUAGUACGUAAUGACGGUAUUAUUUAUGCCACUGGACUUACGUUUACCUAUACACCUGAACCUGGACCACGUCCACAUUGCCCUCCAGCAGACGAAAUAAUGAGAGCACCACGUGCCAUGCACAAUCAAGCUAGCAUGCCUCCGGCUAUAGCCGAUGUGCCCUGGAGUACACAUCAACCACCACAGUCGGGCCUCUGAUGUUUUGAUAAUAACCACAAUGUAAACCAAAGUCCACACUUCGGUAACGCACGCAAUAAUUCUUUAGUAUCCAGCGAUAGCGAUGCCCAAAGUGGUAACAACUCUUGCCUUGCAAAAGAAAAACCAUUAAGUACUAGAGACAAAACGCAGAAAUUAGAGAAUAUUGAUACGUAGCAAUCGAUUGAUCUCUGCAACAGAGUUGGGCACAUCUGUGUGUGUUAAUAUGUAAAUGUAAGCUCAGAUUGUUAAGAGGAACUCGUGGAGAUAAUCAGCUCAAACUUGCAACCGUAAAUUUUCAAUUCAACCACGUAAUAUGCGUUGCUCCUAUACAGACGUGCAUAAAGUAGAUCGAAAGAUUUAAGAUCGAAUGCACGUAUGUGCGUAUAGUUAAAUGUCUACAUACUAUAUAGCGUAAAUAUUUGUACAGUUAAAGUUAGUGACUGCGUGUAUGCUUGAUGCAUCGUGACUAAUCUAAUGCAAUCCGAGGCUAUAAGUCAGUAGAUUAUAAGAUGCGUUGCUUUCGUUUUUCCGAUGAUUAUGAAAACUUAUGCAGGAGUGGAAUGCAAUUUUUAUGGCAUUUUAUAGGUAAUAUUUAUCUUACACGUACGUAUAAAUAUGUACAUACAUAAAGCCAUAUAUAAGUAUGUAUCCAAACAUUUUGACUAAGCAUAAAGUUCAUUGGAUGCGUGCUCCAAUAUAAUUUUUCAGAAUAUUUAGCUAAACUCAACGUUUCUUCUUAAUUCCAUUUUAAACUUUUGAUUACAAUUUAUUCUGCACCAGUAGGUGCUACAUUUGACUGAACAUAUUCUGUUUAAUGCUUAUAGAAAUAAAUGCAAUAUUUCAAAAGGAAAAUAUAUCAAACAAGACUGUUAAUUUUGAUUUGUUCAACGCAACAAUUGUGUCGACUUUCUCGAAAAUAAAUGAGGAGUAAAUCUUUAAUUUACAGUAACUGUUUUGUCUUGUAUUCAACAAAUACAGUAUAAUUAGUAGUCAAUUAUACAUACAGUAAUCUAGUGAUUAAUGCAAUAUUCCAUGACAUUUUUACAGUCAGGUCUUGAUUAAAAUUUAUAAAUAAUCCGUCUGAACAAACCGUAGUUCAAUUCUAAGUUGCGUAAAGUAUCUGUGUUCUAGAAAUCAUAAUUAAGUAAGUUUCCCUGUGCUCUAAAAUGUACAUUUAAUAUAUCUUUAGUUAAGGGUAUUUAAACCGAUUAUUUUAUUACAUGGAACAAUGAGAUUUUGAAUGACUUAAAAAUCAAGUUUUUGUAAAGAAUAUGGCAUUUUUAUGUAAUCCUUGUAAAUUAUUUUUAAAGUAACGUCAAUUAUGUAUGAGAAAAGUAAACUUCCAAAAAUGAAAGACAAGACAUUUUUAUUUAUACGGAAAUAAAAAUUGUAGACACGGAAGGAAACACUUAGUUCUAUAUUUGCUAGAUAGAAAUAGGAAAGGCUGUUAAGUCGUGAAUAUAACAAUUUUAGUGGCAAUAGAAAGUGUAAAAUGCAUUUUAAACAAAUUCAGUUUCAUUAAAUAUUAGUGACGAGGAUGCUUUUUAUAAUAUCCGGAAACGCUUGGAAGCAAUCUCUUACUGGUAAGAAAUGUAGAUAUAUAUACGCAUAAUUAAGCACUUAUUUAUGGCAUUGAAAAGAGAAGUAUCUGUAAUAUUUUAACUCCUUAAGGCUUGUAACACAGCUCUUGCAAAAAAUAACUGAUAAACGAAAACAAUGUAAGAGACUAAUACAUGUUGUAAAAUAUUUCUUUGUAAUAUGCUUGGACUACAAUACUUAGGGAAUAAACAACUAUCCCAAUUUUGUUACAAAA